AAAAUGCUUUUACUUUAGUUGUUAAAUAUAGUGACAGAUAUUUUGUGCUUAUGUAUAUAUCAUAGGCAAUUAUCUGCUGUCUGUCUUGCUUGUGUUGUUGCCACUAUGGCGAUACGUACACAGUAUGAAAACAGCAACGAGGUUGGUGUAUUUGCUACUCUUACCAACUCGUAUGCUUUGGUAUCUUUAGGUAGUUCUUGUAACUUUGCCAGUGUGUUUGAGGCGGAGUUGAUGCCACAGAUCCCUGUGGUUCAGACUACCAUUGGUGGCACCCGUGUUGUUGGGAGUGUUACUGUAGGUAACCGUAAGGGUCUUUUAGUAUCUAGUAUUUGCACUGACACUGAGCUUCGUCAUUUGCGCAAUUCUCUUCCUGAUUCUGUUGAGAUCCGUCGUAUAGACGACCGUUUAUCAGCUUUGGGCAAUGUCAUAACUUGCAAUGAUUAUGUUGGUUUGAUUCACGUUGACAUUGACCGAGAGACUGAGGAGAUUGUUGAGGAUGUGCUUGGUAUUGAGGUAUUUCGUGCCUCUAUCGCAGGGAAUGUUUUGAUUGGCAGUUACUGCCGCUUUCAAAACAAGGGUGGUUUAGUUCACGUUAAGACCACUACUGAUGAGAUGGAAGAGUUAUCUCAGCUUCUUCAAAUACCGUUGACAUCUGGGACUGUAAAUCGGGGUUCAGAUGUAAUUGGUGGUGGUUUGAUUGCUAAUGACUGGGUAGCCUUCUGUGGCAUGUCUACUACUGCAACUGAGAUUGCUACUAUUGAGCGUAUAUUCCAGUUAUCUCGGCCUAAAGAGUUUGAUCCAUCUGUUUCUAACUCCCACACGCUUCGCAACGCUUUGAUCGACACCUUGAUUUAAUCG